AUGAUAAUCAAUCAGUGGAAACGCAAGCGUCUAAUGCGUAGUACAAGUGGACGUGUCUCUUACCCAGAACUGUGUGGAAGACAACUAGAGGGUGCUAGCCAGACACCAUAUGUCUGGAGGCUUGUGGAUAGAUUUCCAUCAGCCAGCUUGAAGCCAGACUGUCGUCAGGCAACGAAGUAA